ACUAAACGACUUUCUUACAGAUUAGUUUUCAAAAUGUCAGACAGCUGUAAUCUGGAGAAGAUAAAUCUCGAGGUUUCUGAGAUGUAUUCAUUGAACCCCAUUUAUCCAGCUCCAGUACUGUACAGUAAUCCAGUUUAAACCCAUCAUAGGGUGUACCAGUCACAGGUACUGCAGGAUGGGAACAAGGAUGUCUGUGUUUGUGGAUAAUCAGGUUACAAACGCUAAAAGUACUGGAGUGUUGGUUCUAUCUAACAAAGGACUCUCAGAAAUCCCAUCUCAGGCCUGGGUUUUGAUGAAUAUUCUCCGAAUUCUAGAUCUAUCCGCCAACCGUCUUCACAGUCUUCCAGAUAAAAUUGCUUUCUUCAGAAAUUUGAAAUCUCUGUUUUUAAACCAAAACCGUUUACAGACUAUACCGGAGGCGAUAGGAGAACUUGGCAAACUGGAGCUGUUAUCAGUUUCAUAUAAUUUCCUUACUAGUUUACCAUACGGUAUCAGGGACUUAACAAACCUAAGGGAAUUAAAACUGAGUUCCAACAAGUUAACAUGCUUUCCUAUAGAAGUAGUUCAUCUACCAUACCUUAAUGUACUAGACCUUUCCUUGAACCAGAUAGUUGAGUUGCCUGAUGACGGAUUGGAAGAACUACAGGUGGUUGACCUGAACUUGAACGAGAACGAGCUGGGGUACCUGGGUGAAAACAUCGCUAGGGCUCCUCGUCUGCUGGUAAGUAGAACAGAAGUAAUCUAAGUAGGGUGUUCAAUC